AUGACUUGGUGCACCAUAAGCAUAGCAGAAUUUCUUACGAUUGAAUCGCGUUCUGAGAUUUCUCAAAAAGAAUAUAAAUUUCGAACAGAGGAAAUCGAUGGUCUCAAACUAGCGAUCAAAAAAUUGCAAAAAGAAAUCAAAAGUUACCAAGAAGAAAUUGAUAGACUAACCAAAGAAAAUGAGGACUUAUACGGUGAAUAA